AGCAUGCAGAGCCUGGACUCGUCCCUGCAGCAGCUCGCGUUGUCUUGCAGAGUGACAAGAGGACACAGCAACAUUAGCUUGGACAGUAAAACAGGUCUAGUUCUGGGGCCGAUGGUUGUCUUGGUGCACAGUGCAAGGCACCUGCAGUAAUACUGAGAAGGUGGGCUUUUGAUCAAAAGUUUUUGUUUGACAGACUUGACAGUACACUAACGUUAGCUAUCACUAGCUAAGCAAGUCAAGAUGAUUCCAGACAAAGCACCUGGAGAGGACGUCUUUCAUGCGGGUGGCGAUUUGAAGAAAGAAGCCCACGUACCGAGCUUUGAGAAAUACAAGGAAAUGUAUAUGAAAUCGAUAGAAAAUCCUGACGAGUUCUGGGGAGACAUUUCCAAAGACUUUUUCUGGAAGACAAAGCAUACAGGGCAGUUCCUGGACUACAACUUCGAUGUCACCAAGGGUGAGAUUUUCAUCAAGUGCAUGGAAGGAGCCACUACCAACAUCUGCUACAAUCUGCUGGAUCGUAACGUACAUGAAAAGAAACUGGGGGACAAAAUUGCCUUCUACUGGGAGGGGAAUGAGCCAGGGGACGAGAUGACUGUCACAUAUAGGGAACUGCUGCAGCAAGUCUGCAAGUUUGCCAAUGUCCUGAAGUCUCAAGGUGUAAAGAAGGGAGACCGCGUGUCCAUCUACAUGCCCAUGGUGGUGGAGCUGGUGGUGGCCAUGCUGGCGUGUGUUCGUAUUGGAGCCGUGCACUCCAUUGUGUUUGCCGGCUUCUCCGCGGAGUCCCUGUGCGAGAGGAUCUUGGACUCGCAGUGUUCGUUGCUUAUCACUGCAGAUGGCUUUUAUAGAGGAGAUAAGCUGAUCAACUUGAAGGUGAUCGCUGACGAUGCACUGCAGAAGUGCAGGGACAAGGGUCUUCCUGUUAAGAGGUGUAUCAUGCUGAAGCACCUGUCUAAAGAGGAGGCGGCUGCACCUGGCUCCCAGUCUCCUCCAGCCAAACGCCCCUGUCCUGACUUGCAGGAGAAACAGAGAGAAAGAGUAAAGAGAGUCCGCCCCGUUCCCCAGGUGACGUGGAACCCGGAUGUGGACCUGUGCUGGCACACUCUGAUGGAUGGCGUGGCAGAAGAGUGUGAGCCGGUAUGGUGUGACUCAGAGGACCCCCUCUUCAUCCUCUACACCAGCGGCUCCACUGGCAAACCCAAGGGAGUACUGCACACAGUGAGUGGGUAUAUGCUGUACGCAGCCACCACCUUCAAGCUGGUGUUUGACUACCAGCCAUCAGACGUGUACUGGUGCACGGCGGACAUCGGCUGGAUCACAGGCCACUCCUACAUCACGUACGGCCCUCUGGCCAACGGGGCCACCAGUGUGUUGUUUGAGGGCCUGCCCACCUACCCAGAGGUGAGCCGCAUGUGGGAGAUAGUCGAUAAGUACCACGUGACCAAGUUCUACACGGCCCCUACAGCCAUCCGCCUGCUCAUGAAGUACGGCAGUGAUCCCGUGCAGAAGUGCAAGAGGGACUCUCUGAAGGUGCUGGGCACGGUAGGGGAGCCCAUCAACCCGGAGGCCUGGCAGUGGUACUACACCGUGGUGGGCGAGAGGAGGUGCCCUGUGGUGGACACCUUCUGGCAGACGGAAACGGGUGGACAUGUGUUGACACCACUUCCAGCCGCAACACCCAUGAAGCCUGGAUCAGCGACCUUUCCGUUCUUUGGAGUUGUUCCAGCAAUUCUGAAUGAGUCCGGAGAGGAACUGGAGGGACCAAGUGAGGGCUACCUGGUGUUUAAGCAACCAUGGCCAGGUGUGAUGAGGACGGUGUACGGGAACCACCCGAGGUUUGAGACCACCUACUUCAAGAAAUUCCCUGGGUACUAUGUCACGGGAGAUGGUUGCCGUAGGGAUAAGGAUGGAUACUACUGGAUCACAGGGAGGAUAGAUGACAUGCUGAAUGUGUCCGGUCACUUGUUGAGCACGGCGGAGGUGGAGUCGGCGCUGGUGGAGCACGGAGCGGUGGCCGAAGCAGCGGUGGUGGGACGGCCCCACCCGGUCAAGGGCGAGAGCCUCUACUGCUUCGUCACGCUCAACGAAGGAAUCGGCUACAGCCGCACGCUAGAGGCUGAGCUCAAACAGCAGGUGAGGGAGAAGAUUGGUGCCAUUGCCACACCUGACUACAUCCAGAGUGCCCCAGGCCUUCCGAAAACCAGAUCAGGGAAGAUCAUGAGGCGCGUGCUGCGUAAGAUCGCCUGUAACGAGCGUGACCUGGGCGACGUGUCCACGCUAGCCGACACCUCAGUCAUCGAGCAGCUCUUCCAGAACCGCUGCUGCACUGCCGUCUGACCAGCAGGGGGAGCCUGCCUGCAGCGACUCUCCCCACGUCCAAUAGGGGCGGCCAGUGGGGGAGAGCAGAGUCUGUGGGAUUGGGGUUAGGAGUGGGGAAGGGGAGGGUAGAGAAUAGAUAAAUGGGUGAGGAAAUGGGCAUUAAGAACUUUGGAGAUGUAAAAAAAUCGUGUUAUGGAGACUGCCAGAACCAUCUGAGAUCCUCUCCGAUGAAGAGAAAAAUAUUAACUAAGAAAUGAGAGAAGUAUCUGCCCUACAUUGAGGGUAGAGUAGAUUUGUAUAGUAGGAAUAUUUUGUUUUAACCAUGAUUUGUUUAUUGGUUUUUUUACAUGUCCUUUUAUUUUUUUGUAGAUGUGUUUUUGUUUUUGUCUUUUACCUUUGUCAUUCAAGCCAUUCUCACCAUUGUUAGACACGCUUUGCAUUGCCAUGAACUGGGUCGCUGCUUUUACUGCUUGUGUGUCAUGCUUUGUGGAGGAUGAUGAUGCUGAUUGUAUUGAAAUAGAAAGAAAGUACCAAGCAAUGUCAGGUUUUCAUUUAUCCUUAAUCUGUUCAAUUUUGUUUCAUGGUCAUAGUCAUGCAUGAAGUUUUACUCAUGAAUGAAGCACUUGUGUGAAUGUGCCAAUAACAACCUGGGAAAUGGGAAAUUUUGUCCUUACCAUGCAACACCCUUAGAUUGUAAGGGUGCGAGUACUUUUUUUUAUUUUAUUAAUGCUCUUUUUUUUUUUUAACCCAAGGCAAUAACAUGUUUUCUCUAGAGAGGUCUGAAGCUUUGAACAUUUGUCUGUAGACUGUCACAGUGGAAAAUGUCAAAACCUGUCCUGUCCACUAUAGAAGGCCACACACACCACUACUCACAGACACACACACACACACACACACACAUACCACUGCUCUCACACACACACACAGACAUACCACUGCUCACACACACUACUCUGUCCUCAGGUUCCUGUGCUCUGCAUGAAUUGUGUUAAUGUUCUGUGAUCGGCUGUCCACCUGCCCCUUGAGACGUGGGUCUCUACAUAAGUGCUCCUCUCCUCCUCAGGAGAUCCCUGACGUGUCUACGCUGCCAAAUUGAGCCGCCACGUCAGCGACUUGGUUCCUCUUUAGAACCUUCUAUUCCUUGUGCUUUGUGAAAUGAGUUCUUGGUCAUCUUCUUUUUGUGCUAGAGAUAAGUCUAGCCCACAGCAGCGUCUUACACAGUGAGUUAAGAGUCCGGCAUUUGAACCCAGAGUGCUGGGGAAACGUGUCUGUUCACUUUACUAUUUCUCCUUCACUGUGUCUAUGGGGUCUGUAUUUGAGGUUGCUGUUGUAGAUGAAUGAACAUAUUUGAUUUAUUCCAAGCCUGUAGUGCAAUUCAUGGACCUCAGCUUCAAAUAGGCUGUUGUUGACUACUGACAUUCAGCUGUCGAAGCAUUUUCAUUUCCCUCUUUGUAAACACUGUAAAUUAGAUUUCCAAAGACAGGAUGGACCCCUCAGAUGUUGUCAUGCCUUUGAGUUAACAGAACGCUCUCUGUUUUCCUUUUUUGUUGAUUUUGUCGUUCGAAUCAUCUCGGUGCAUCCAAACAAUGUGCGUCAUAAACAAUGUUUAAUGAUCGAAGGUGUGAAGGAAUAAAACAAACAACUGAAAGGAA